AUGCAGUGUAAAAAGGAAACACUGUUGCUAAUUCUGCUUGCUGUAUUGCUGGCACUAACUCAGCGGUACUCCAGAACAAAGGAUGACCUGCAGAAGAUGUACGCCUGCUGGAAAGAUCAUUUGGAAGAACCUCAGCUCUCAGCCUGGUUUAAUCCAAAAGAACGUCCUGAUGUUAUAGCAACAACUGCUUGGCUCGCUCCAGUCUUAUGGGAAGGAACGUAUAACAGAGAAGUUCUAGAACAAUAUUAUAAGAGGCUGAACAUUACCAUAGGCUUGGCUGUCUUUGCUACUGGGAACUCUACAAGACGGUCCCUGAGACACUUCAUAAAGUCUGCCGACAAGUACUUCAUGGUUGGCUACAAUGUUAUUUUCUACAUCUUGACUGAAAGUGUGUACAAUCUGCCAUACUGUGAGUUGGGUCCUCGUCGGACACUUAAAACGUGGAAGCUAUUUGAGAAUGAGAUGUAUCAAGACUGUAAUCUCAGAAACAUGUAUAACAUGCGAAGCAAAAUCAUAGAACAUAUACGAUAUGAAGUCAACUUUCUCUUCAUGAUGACUAUGAAACAGAUCUUCAAGGACAACUUUGGAGUAGAAACCUUGGGCAGAUCUGUCGCUCAGCUCCAUGCAUGGUGGUAUUUUAAAAAGCCCAGCAAUUUCCCUUAUGAGAGAAGAACUCAAUCUGCAGCUUUCAUCCCCUUUGAAGAGGGGGAUUUCUAUUACCACAGUGCCAUUGUGGGUGGCACACCCCUAGAAGUCUUAGAUCUUAUUGAACAAUAUAUAAAUGGAAUUACACAUGACCACACAAAUAAACUUGAUAGCACAUUUGAAAGCCACCUAAACAAAUACUUUUUUAUCAAUAAACCCACUCGGGUGUUAUCACCAGAGUACAACUGGGACCCAAGAUUUAAAACCCCUCCAGAAAUCAAGCACAUUAAGAUAGCAUGGCGACCAUAA